AGAGCGAGGUGGGGGGGAGGGAGAGCCGCCACCGAUUCAGGCAACAAGCUAGAGACUAGACAGGAGGCUCAGGAGCCCCAGUUUUAAGAAGGCGAGAUGGCAACGGAGCCUUGUGGGGUGAUGGGGCAAAACGAGGAUCACCCAGAACUUAUCAAAGAGAGGGAAAUUCCGGCCGAGGAGACACAGAAGCAGACGAACAAGGAGAAACAAGGAGAUGCUGCAGUAAUGGCGAAUCAAGAGGCAGGGAUCAGCACCCCAAAUGGGAUAGAGAAGGAAGAGGGAGGCUCGCUCCACGUCAUCGAAAAGGGUCUCGAUGAGUUUGUAGAUAGCGUGACCGAGGUCGCUCCAUCAGGGCUUCCUGAGAAAUCACCGGAAGAGGCAAAAAACCCUCUUUCCGUAAAGGCACCCAUGAAGGCACCCCGGGCCGAGCAGAUUGCCGAGAAGGUGCUGAGGGCGGAAAAGGUGCCCGAGAAGGCGCCGCAAGCAGAAAAAAUCCCAGGAAGGGAGAAAACGCCGGAGCCAAAAGCAGCCCGAGCCGAAAAGGCCCCAAGGCCCCAAGAGAAGAAGCCGCCUGAGAAAGCCCGUCCAGCUGCACCAGCAGCAGCCAAGCCUGUGAGAAGGAAAACGGAAGCUCGUGGCAAGGACACGGUUCCUUGGGAAGGGUUGACUCUGAACAAGUGUCUCCUCGUGGCCUCCCUCGUGGCCCUUCUCAGCGUGGGCUGCCAGGUGUUCCAAGAGAUUAUUGAAUACAGCGAGAACGUUAUCAAGACCGAGCUGGAAGCGUGGACCUCGGAAAGCGGCGUGGGAGAACUGGAGGAGCGGUGGUUUUACGAGAGGUGGCUGGACUGGUCUGAUGACGAGGAACCUCUGGAGAUGGAGGAGGAGGAGGAGGAGGAGGAGGAGGAAGAGACAUAG